CGCUUUCGAUGGCGGAAAAAACAAAAUCCAAACAAGUGCAAUCGUUUCGGUGAUAGCAAAAACAAUUGUUACUCCCGGGUCUCAAACACAUCUCCCUUUGAUUAUCGCGAUUCGUUCGCAAUGAUUCGUCCCAUGGAUCGCGAAGCCUUCUCAUUGGUAAACAGCAUCCUCCUGCAUCGCUACGAAACGGUCCAAGCAUCGAUGAUUAAAUCCAUCAGCGAGCGUUCCGCUGCCCUCCAGGCAGUCGCUGAAAAGUACACAGUCCUCGAAGAACAGUUCGACCAUCUCAAACGAUUCUGGGUCGCCUGGACCUAUCCAAGUUUCCCGGGCCGUCCACCUAUCGACGAGAACACUCCCGUUCCCCAAGUGGAUGUGAACUAUGUCCUGAGUGACAGCACAAGGGAAGCAGCGAAUCAUUCAGAUGGUCCCCAAAAUUGUCGAAAUGAAACCAAUCGUAUAUGGGAGUCCUUUCUUGCGACCUUGAAAGCCACCAGAGAUGACCCGAAUCGCYUCUCGGUGAAACCCACGCCUAUGACUUCUUGGUUCCUUGACGACUGUAACCACACCAACUACAAAGUUGGAAGACAUAAACGUCUCCCGAUCUUUGAGCAGUUGAGCCGCGGUGAAAUUGUCGAUCCUUGGAACCGUUCCCUCCCUUACAUCAAGGAGGAUCCACGCGAUAGCAACAAAAAAAGUACCUGCAGCACCAAGAUCGACGACAAUGAGAAUCACUCCGACGAACGCCAACCGAAGCGUUCGUAUCUGCGUCAAAGUGAACGUUGCUGGAAAAGCCUGCUCCUUUUGAACAAUGACCUGCAUGAAAGCGAAUGGGACGUCGUUAUGGAUCAUUUUACAAACUACUCUCGAUCGAAAAAGGUGUUGAACAUUCUUCAACAGUGAACCGAGCGUCUGGAAACACUACUCGAACCUGUAGGGAACGUUCAUGGAAUUUCUCUCCUUAUGUUGACACUAUACAAUG